UAUUGAUUCCUCACUCUCUCUUUCUUUAUUUGUCUCUAUGUUUCUCCCCUCUUUUCCUUUCUUUUGGCAACAUAGAAACCAUAGCUUCUACUCUCUCAAAUUACUUCAAAUAUGAAACUCUAAUUUCUACAAACAAAUUAGGGCUCUCUUCUAUAUUUCUUCUUUAUCGUUGGAGUGCUAGGAACCCAUUUGAAGACUUCAAGUCAAAGCACCACAAUUUUGCAUUCAUAGAAAGAUACCGGUAUAUUUGACUACCAGAACAUGAUGAAUUAUGAAGAAUUUUUGCUGCUGCUAAAGAGAGGAGAUAUGAGGGCGUGGAUUGGGCUAGGAAUCGUAAUGUUUUUGCUAGAAGCCCGCAUAGAUAUUACAGGGAGGCUUUUGGAUUUGACAGCCAAUAUAAAUAUGGAAAGGCUUUUGGCGUUGAUAGGGGCAACAUGGAUCCUGUGGCAAAUCAAAAAGUAUUAUUGGCCCCGACCCGAUUACGAAUAUUAUGCUACUUUUGAUGACCCUUCCACUGUCUCAUAUGAACACACUCGAUACCGUACUGUGACAUUUAACACUGCAGAUGCUACCAGAGAAAGUUACCGAUUAUUUAUAGAAACCCUACGAACUGAGCUGGCGAACAAACAUGAGAGGUCUGACGGAAUGAAAGUGAUGCGUGAACCAUCCACAUUGCUUAAUCUCGAGCGGCGGAUUCUUAAGGUAGAGCUCUCAAAUUCAGAGACAACGUCGGCUACAUUAGUAUUAGACCAAGAAGACGCAUAUGUGGUGGGUUAUAUAGCACGAGAUCAAUCCUACUUGCUUCAGUUAGACAGCGAUAAGCACUGUUUCAAUGAUGGUUUCACAGAUAGCAUCCGCCUUCCUUUCGGGUUUAGCUACGAGGAACUUGAGAAGAGAGCUGGCGUGCAAUCAAGAAGGGAGAUUAACUUAGGGAUCAAGGAACUGGAGUGUGCAAUCAAAGACCUAGACAAGACUAAUUAUAAUGACAACUACAAAUCCGUGGCGAAAUCCCUUAUAGUUUGCAUCCAAAUGGUCUCAGAGGCAGCAAGAUUCAUAUAUAUAGAGACAAAAGUUUGUGAUAGCAUUACUGAAGGUAGAAAAAAAUUCUACAGAAACUUUAAGCCAGAUGAUACCAUGCUUAAGCUCGAGAAGGAUUGGGACAAACUCUCUGAUGCAGUCCAGAACUUAAUUCCGCACCUGGCACUCAUGAAGUUCAAAAGUGGUGAUCAUGGAGCAGGAACAUCUAGUGAGCGGAGAAAAAGUGGAAGAAAAGACAAAGAACGUUAUAGAAUGAAAUAUUAGGGCUUGUUAAAGGUUUUGGAAAAUAAUUUUCUUUCCUACUUUUCUUCUGCACUUUCAUGUCUUCUAAUUUUUCAUUCACUAAAAACAAUACUGAAAAGCUGAAUAAUAUUCA